CUCCGAGCCGGCCUUUCCGCUCCAAAAGAGUUAACUCAAGAAUUAGGAUUAAUCGAGUAUACCAUCAUGACGACGAUUCAGAGUCUCGAGGAAGUCAUCAACAAGCAGGUGCAGAGGGUCAGUGAGCUCCAGAUGGCUACUGUAUUCCUGCAAAAUAAAGAGGGGCUGAGAGACGCUUUACUCGAGGCGAAGCAGGACAUCGAGAUAAUAAAGAAGGGGAUUUUCGGUCUGGCCCAGACUCUGGAGAAGAUGAAGAAUCAGAACGACGUCUGCAAGAAUUUGAGCUCCCUCUUCUCCAAUCUCGACAAAAAAAUCGUCCACAUGAGCAACAACGUUCCCGUGAGUUUGCUGGAGCAUUUGGCUAAAUCCCAGCCCCAGGAGGGCAAGACACCAAUAAUUAAAGUCACGAAGACCUCGGAGAAGAAACCAGACCCCCUGGAGGAGAUGGCGAGCCUCGUGACCAAUGACAUGAACACGGAGGAGGUGAAGGACUGCAGGAAAGCCCUCUUCAGAGAGGCUGAGGACUCCUACAGCAUCGAAGCCCUCACCGAGGACGAGUUCUCGAGGAUUCCCAAGUACAUGAUCGGCAGACAGACUCUGGCGAAUAUCAACGCCUUCGUGGGGGCCAUCAAUCAGAUCAUGAAGGCCAAGUACAGUUUGCUCAGUCUGGGGAAGAAUGGGGCGAGGAAAAAGGGGGAAUUGGAUCUGUAUUUGCAGUUUAAGAAGGAGGAGAGCGAUGUUAAAGGAACUGGAACUGAGAAAAUUUACUUCUUCACUGCUGAUGAUUAUUUGAGAGAGACCAAGAUGAAAUUGGAUAAAACGAAAUUGAAUCUGAUGACGGUAUUGAGACACUGCAAGAGGAUCCAUGAGCUUCGAGCAGGGAAGAACGUCAGAUACCAAGUGAUCACGAGUCUCUAAACGAUCUGAUUUUCAUUUUUAUACUUUUAUACUUAUUGUUUGACUAUACAUUGAUUAAAAUAAAU